AUGGCUGCCAUCCGGCUUCGAGAAUUUGUUGAUCGCCGCCCAGUGAUCCCACCCAGUAUAUUCAUCACUCAUCAGGGAAAGGACGUCCAAGGAUAUUACCCCGGGCAGCUGGCAAGAGUCCAUUUUGAUUCUAGUAUGAAGAGACACCCCAGACCUCUCAUAGACUUGACAAUCCCACCCCAGAGAGAAAGUCCGAUUCAGCCUCAACUAGACCAACAAACUCUCAUUCGAUAUAUUUGUUUCCGAAGACAUUCAAAGCCUGCUGAACCAUGGUAUAAAGAAACCACCUACCAAAGAAACUAUUCUCUGCCAUUUUACAAGAUCGAUUGGGACCAGAAAUUAGCCACAAUUUCAUCGAAUCCUAGACCACUAAAUUCACUGCCAGAGUUCUACUGUUGUGAAGACAGGCUGUUUUUAAAGAAAACCUUUUAA